AUGCCGCCACUUCAUCAUCGUAAUCAUCCCCAGGACGCGGCACUCGAUCAUUCCCUCCGUGAUCCUGAGUCCUUCUGGUCCGCCCAUGCAGCUAGGCUCCACUGGCAUCGACCGCCCUCGCGGGCUCUCUCCCGACAAACCAAGUCCCUGCCCAGCGGGGUCCAGCAUGAGCACUGGUCCUGGUUCCCCGAUGGCGAGAUCUCCACAACCUAUAACUGCGUGGACCGACAUGUCCACAAUGGGCAUGGCGACCAGGUGGCCAUCAUCUGGGAAUCGCCCGUGACGCGCACUACCCAGAAGUUCACAUAUGCACAACUGCUCGAUGAGGUGGAGGUGCUGGCGGGUGUGUUGCGGGAGGAGGGUGUGCGCAAGGGCGAUGUCGUGAUUAUCUAUAUGCCCAUGAUCCCCGCGGCGCUCAUCGCGGCGCUGGCAAUUACGCGUCUGGGUGCCAUCCACGCCGCCGUCUUUGGCGGGUUCGCGGCGCAGUCCCUCGCGCAGCGCAUCGAGGCAGCUCGGCCCCGGGCUAUCAUGACUGCCUCAUGCGGAAUCGAGGGUGCCAAGGGACCCAUGUCCUAUCGUCCCUUGGUCGAGGGUGCCGUUGAGAUGAGCAGCUUCAAACCCAGCAAAGUAAUCGUAUGGCAGCGGGAUCAGCUGCGCUGGAACAACCCAGAUAAACUGGGUGGCCAGCGCAAUUGGCAGCGGUUGGUCAAGAGUGCGCGCAUGCGCGGUGUUCGAGCUGAUCCGGUGCCGGUGAAGAGUACGGAUGGUCUAUAUAUCAUCUAUACCAGCGGUACAACGGGACUUCCAAAGGGCGUUCUUCGAGAGGCGGGAGGCCACGCAGUCGGACUGGAGCUGUCGAUCCGGUCCGUAUUUGGGAUCAAAGGCCCUGGAGAUGUGAUGUUCUGUGCAUCUGAUAUUGGUUGGGUGGUGGGCCACUCGUACAUCUUAUAUGCGCCACUGCUAGUUGGCGCGACGACCGUGCUCUUCGAGGGGAAGCCGAUAGGAACACCCGACGCAGGGACCUUCUGGCGGAUCAUCGAGACGCACAAGGUCAAUACAAUGUUCACAGCUCCCACUGCGAUGCGGGCUAUCCGCAAAGACGACCCCAACAACCGCCUCGUCGAUGAGAUCGGCCGGCGUGGGGGACUAAAGUCGCUGCAGGCGCUGUUUUUGGCUGGCGAACGCAGUGAGCCCAGCAUUGUGAGCGCGUAUCAGGAUCUGCUGAGAAAGUACGCUGCACAGGACGCUUUGGUAAUCGAUAAUUGGUGGUCCUCGGAGUCUGGGUCUCCCAUCACCAGCUUGGCCCUGAAUGGGUCGCUGGCCGUCUCAGAGAAAUUCCCUCCGGGAGCAGAUCAUCCGCUGGCCAUUCGGCCAGGGUCCGCGGGGAAGCCAUGUCCUGGCUUUGAUGUGCGAAUCGUCGAUGAUGAAGGCAAAGAAGUCCCGCACGGUACGAUGGGCAAUAUCGUGAUGGCAGCACCGCUGGCCCCGACUGCCUUCACAACUUUGUUUAAUGACGAUGAACGAUUCUAUGAGGGAUAUUUCAAGCGGUUUGAUGGGCGAUGGAUCGACACGGGCGACGCAGGAAUGGUGGAUAAGGAUGGAUACGUGCAUAUCAUGUCUCGAUCGGACGACAUUAUCAACGUUGCAGCCCAUCGAUUUAGCACAGGAGAAAUCGAACAAGCCAUCCUCUCGCACCCUGGCUUGAGCGAAGCCAGCGUCGUCGGGAUCCCCGACUCGCUCAAGGGGCAUCUCCCUUUUGCCUUUGUCCAGCCACGAGCCGACAGCACGAGUCAAGAACUGCGGGCAACACCGACGGCAGAACUGUUCAACGAAGUCAACGCGCUAGUCCGUGAGCAGAUCGGAGCCAUUGCAUCUUUAGGGGGGAUGAUCCAGGGCCGGGGGAUGAUUCCCAAGACGCGCAGUGGGAAGACGCUGCGGCGCGUGUUGCGCGAGCUGGUUGAGCACGCGGUGCAAGGAGAGUAUGAUGCCACUGUGAAUGUGCCACCGACGGUGGAGGACGCAGAGGUUGUGGAGGUUGCGCGCGCGAGAGUGAGAGAGUACUUCGAGGCGAAGAAAAAGUCCGGUGAGAAGGCGAAGCUUUGA